CAUUGAUCUUUGAUGUUGGCUAUUCAUAUGACUAUCAGUCGCCUAGUGAUAUGGUCAGUCAUUUCAGCCCUGUGGACCAUCUCCAAAACUCCAAUAAGGGAGGGAUACAGAGGUGAAAGAGCAGACAUUGAACAUUGGCCGAGUGGUGAAACGCUUUGUAUAGUUUGGAUGGAAGUGGAGUGGGUUUACUAGUAUAUUCCAAGAGUAAAGGCCUUUUAUUUGGGUUCAACAACGAACACCAUGGAAUUUUCAAAGAAUUCGCAGCCCCACAGGACAACAAACAGUGUUUCUUAUGGUCCUAAACGGCCUACAAAGGUUAGCUUCAAAACAGGGGAUGAAGAACGGAUACGAAUUAUGAAUAUGGUUAAGGCGGGAGAAUUGUCGAUCGAUAAGGCUAUUCAGGAGGCAAGAGGACUUGGUGUAGACUCUUCACCCUAUCAAGAUGUUGAUUUUAAGACAAAGUCUGAAAAUGAAAUAAAAGGAGAUGAAGUUUAUAAUUUUGGUGUUCACAGAUUCUCCAAAAACAACAAAUCAAUAAAAUGUGUGCUCCAGUUAGAUUUUCCUGAGCAUACCAUGUAUUUUGUUCAAAGGGGACAGAGGAGCAAAAGGUAUGACUUUUCAUCUCUUAAAACUGCAGAAAGUGAAGAUGGUACAACACGAUUAUCUAUAACAAUGGAUGACACCACUGAAUUUGAGUUGGAUGCAAAUAGCUUUGAGGAUAGGAACAAAAUUGUUCGUCUUCUAAACUACAUAAUUGAACAACAGGGUUAUAGUGAAGAUGGCUUAUAUUUAUCAAGAGGGCUGGAAAGUGAUAUUCUGAAGGAGGAUGUAAUUGAGAAGAGAGGGCAUAAUGCAGCAUCUCUAGUCUGGGCCAAAAGGUAUUUGCGUGUUCGAGCUGGAGAGUUAUUGUAUUUUAAGCUUGGAGACGAAAAUAGCAAUGACAAUGCACUGAAUGUAGUACAACUUGGUCAUGGUGCAUCAUUUGUCAAAAAGGUUGAUGAUAAUGGUUUUGCAGUUAUAACUGGCAAGAAAGAAUACAGUUUUCGUAUAGUAACUUCAUCAUACCAACAAGGGAAUGAUAUUGAAAAGAUGAGGGAUGAAUGGAUAAUUGCUAUACAAGAAGCAUCAAGGCCCACUAGAUUCAAUUCAGUUACCAACAGAGCCAAGGAAUUAAAGGAUCCUAUUGGAAUUGCAAAUGAGCAAGAGAAGUUUCUAAAGUCGGUGAUUGGAACAUUGCAAGAAGAGUUAGAGCAGCUUAAUACAAUACUAACAAUUGUUGAUGCUCCCUUCAAAGCAUCAAUUCAGGUGAGAAAAGUGAGAGAAAUUGUUCACAAACUAGAUGAGCAGGUUAAAACAGGGUUGUUGUCCUGGACAAUGAGAACAAUGGCUCAAGAACAUACGAGAAAGCAAAAUCAAAGAAAUCAACACACAGUAUAUCCUUAUAGCCAAAUUCAUCUCACUGGUGGUAAUGGAUACCAUGGUAAUGGAAGUAAUGCAAACGCAACUGCAUUUGGAAGUCAUGUCUCAACUGUCAGCCAUGGUUUUGACUUUAGAAAAUCAAGACAAGCUUUAAUUGAGGCAUCUGGUUUGGAAAAUUAUGAUAUGCGCAAUGAAACCAAAGGAGCAAAACAUGAAUUUGGGCACCAAAAGGGACAGUCUGGUGGUCAUCAUUAUUUGCCGCCAAAGUAUGGUGCUUGUGUUGAGCCCGGUACUGUAAAAGAACACAGAAAGGAAAGCGGGCUUGAUUCUCCAUUGAGUGUCAAUGAGAUGUAUGCAAAAGUAGCCAAAGAUAGCAAGUCAGCAGUACCUGUUGCACCAGUUUCACCAGAUGAUGGUUAUGAUGAUGAUCAUCCUCCUCCUUUGCCACCUAGAAAGGCUUCCCAUGGUGCAAAUACAGAAAAUGCCCCAAAGCAUCCAAGUAAAACAGCUUCAAGCAAGUUACAUGAGUCUGAGAUCAUUGAUAAAGAUAAAGGUGUUUCAUUAGGGGUUUCAAAGGGAGUAGAGAGUAAAGAAGCAUUAUCCACAGAGCAACCCUCAUCACCUUUAUCAACAUCAAAUGUCUCAAUACCACCUCAACAACACCCAUCACCACCUCAAGCACCAGCAAUUGGGGUGCCACCACCCCCACCUCCACCUCCUCCACCUGGAAUGCCUGGGAUACCUCCUCCUCCUCCACCACCAGGUGCACCUGGAGUACCACCCCCACCACCUGUUGCUGGAUUUGGUCUUCCACGAAAACCAGAAAUCAGACCAAGCAAAAAACUAAAACCUUUGUUUUGGACAAAAGUGCCAGAUAUGAUAGUUGCCAAUUCAUUUUGGGCAAGUGCAGAGGAAAAGCCAGAAUGUUUUGACUUCACUGAAUUAGAAAAUCUUUUUCAAGUUGAGGGUAAAAAUCCUACUCCACUUGUGUCAAAAGCAUCAACACAGAAUAAGACAAUGCUUGAUAACAAGAAGGCACAGAACCUUGGUAUAUUUCUUAGCGGCUUUAAGCUUCAUCCAGAAGAAAUAGAGUCAAAAUUAACAAUGUUUAAUGAGGAUGAAGGUUUUCUUUUGGAGCACCUUGUAGCAUUAAAGCGCUUCCAGCCAAACACAGAUGAGCUUGAGAUGUAUAAAAAUUUCCAAGGUGAUGCAACAACUUUGGCUCUUGUUGAUCAGUUUAUGCUGAAACUAUGUGACAUACCAAAUCUCAACCGCAAGUUGGAUGUCUUAUUGACAAUAAUGGAAGUGCCAAGUCAGUAUAAUGAAAUCAAACCUCCUGUCUUGUCAUUGCUUGAAUCCUGUAGGGCAUUGCAAGGUAGCAGAAGUUUUGAGCAUCUGUUGGAAUAUGUCCUUGCUGUUGGAAACUACUUGAAUGGAGGAACAACCAGAGGUGGAGCAUAUGGCUUUAAAUUGAGCUCCCUUGUAAAACUUGUCAGCAUUCGUAGCUCUGACAAAGAACACAAUUUGUUACGGUUUAUUGUUGAACAGCUGUUUGACAGAGACGUUGAUGCAUUGAAAUGUUUUGAAGAAAUACCAGGGUUGCUAACACCAAUGGAUGCCUCAAUUAAAGGUCUAGCAGCUGAGAUUGAUGUUAUGAAAUCAGAUUUGAAGAAGGCUGGAAACAAUAUUGAGUUAAUCAGGAAAUCCAAUCUGAGUGCCAAUGAAAAGUUGUUUUUUGACAAGGCUUCUUCUUUUCUUGAAGAAUACACAGAAAAGCUAAAUGAAGUCUCAGACAGAUGCAAGGAAAUACAGAUUGUUUCCUCUUCACUUCUGAAAAAAUUUGGAGAAUCGCCAACAACAAAUUUUGAAAACUGGCUCAAUGAUGUGGCAGAGUUUUUGAAGCAGCUUAAAAAGACAUUCAGUGAAGAGGAAAAAAGGAGAAAAAGAAAGUCUAAAAGGCCAAACAGUCUUGCUGCAGAUGAUGCAACACACACUGAAGAAAUUUCAACAAUGGAAAGAAAGAAUAAGAUUGAUGAAUCAAAGAAUUUCCAACCAGUUAUUCAUGAGCUUGCGGAAAACAAGGCAAAUUUAAAACCAAGGAAAGAUGAUGCCAUUAGAGGUCAAACUGUUAAAAGCCCAGUGGAAGAGCAAACUGAGGCACAUCCUGGCCCACCACCUAUGCCAGAAAGAACAUAUGAACCAUCUGGAAGGUCACCAAAAGUUUCUAUGACGGAUGCAGAGGUUAUUAGACCUGUUUUUUCUAAAGCAAAGUCAUAUGAGUUGAAAGAGGCAGAGAUAUUGCACCAUUCUUCAAUGCCUGACCUAAGCCAGGUACCAGAAGAGCAUGGUAUUGCUGUUGAAGUUUCUGCAAGGCAGCCUAUCAAACAGGGUUUCCUUGAUAAACUUAGUGGUGGCAAAAAGAGGGCUCCAAAAUGGGACAGACGAUACUUUGAAAUAACUGCAUCUGGCUAUUUGGUUUACAGCAAGAAAGAACAAGGCAAGCCAGUUGGAUCAAUUUAUCUUAGAGGGUGCCCUGUACGACAAGAGUUUGAGAAUCAAAUGGUAAUAUGCAUUGAGGCAGAAGACAGAGAUUGGCAGCUCAAGGCAGAGACAGUGGAAGAAGCAAGACAAUGGGUGAAGGCAUUGCUGAGGUAUGCACAUCGUAUGUAACUAUCAUUUCAUUGAUUUUUGAUCACUUUUCUUCAAUGCACAUUAAUUAUGAUGUAUAAUGUUUCACUAGAUUUUUUAACAUUCCUUGUUGAUUUUUUUAUUAAAGAUAAAGGAUAUUGUUGGUGCUUUUGAGAAAAGUAGCAUUUCUUCUAGCUGCUAGCAAUUUGCUUAAAAAUCCCUUUUAAUUGCCCUCAUUAACUGGAUAUGUUGAUUGGAUGGAUCCCCUAGUUGUCUAAACUCUCACAAACUUUGCACAAUUGCCUGUUAAAGAAUAUAGCAUCAGUUUCUUACCAGAAAAGAGACAGUUGUAGAGAAACAGAAAAUCUCAUUUUAUUUUUGUCACAAAUGUGAUUUAUCUACUUUGGCUUUUCCUUUUUGGAGAUAAUAUUCUGAUUAAAUGAUGUUAUUAUCACCAGAAGAUUUCAACAUCACAACAGAAAGUAGUCUAAAUGAAUUAACUUUUGCUAAGACCUUUUUGCUGAGAGCUUAGGAGAUUAGAGCAUUUUUCGUGCAUAUUGAAACACUUUUUGCAUUUCCUAUGGACUAUUCCGGAAUAAUUUCAGUUCUUGUUAAAAUUUUAAUCAUAUUGUUAAUUGAUUUCAAAAUUUUGUUGUUAAAGUUCCAGAUUUUCAAAGUUACAUUGAUUUCAUAUUUGAAAAUAGGUUUUAUAGUAGUUUAAUUUUUGGAUAGGUUGUUCUUUCUUACCCUUGUUGGUCGAAAAUGGACUAUGCCGUUAAUUGCAUAAGGUCUUAGCUUCAAAUCCUGCCUUAUAAUCUCGAGUAUUAGAGACGACAACGCCUUACAAUAAAAGUAACAAGGAAUACUUUUGAUGAGAAAAAAUACGUACAUCGACACGUCCUUACUAUUUGCAGUUUAUUUUUAACGUUUUGUAUUGCAACUGAUGUGAAUUCGAUCAUUAUUUUAUGCAUUAUGAGGGAUUAUAAGAUUCAACGGGAAUAAUUUCAGCCAUAAUUUAUGUUUUUAAAACUAAAUAUUUGUAUAUGCGUGUAUUUCUAAAAGCACAACAGCCCCUCUGUACUGACCAGCUGUUCACAUUAACUUGCUAGCCAUAACUUCGAUAAAGUACAAUAAAGCUGAAAUGCUAUAGUUGGAGACAUUCACUACAUACGACGAGGACGCGAAUCAACGCCACCCCCUCCCCCUCCUGUUUAUUUUUUGUUGGAUUUUUGAAGACGCCGCCCCUUUUUUCAACACUUGGGUCAUCGACGCAAACCUUCAACUAGAAGUUCGAGAUCUGUCUCUUUCUACUGUUCUUUAAUCUCCAGCACAUAACUACUCUCUAAUAGCCACUAUCAAGCCUCACAUAGGAAACCGAUCAAUUUGCUUAGUUUUUAGAAAUUGCCAGGAAGGCUUUCCUGCGCUAUUUUCACGUCCGAUGUAUUUGCUGAAUAUUAAGUUACCGUAAUGCCUCGAACAAGCGCCUCCUUCAAAUAAGAGUCCCCUCGAAUAAGCGCCCACCCCUCGAAUAAGCGCCCAUCCUUCAACCUUCAGAAACGGACGCUUGUUCGAAUUUUCAACAUAAUUGGAAGGCAAUUCAACAGGAAAGAUUAAUGAACAACACAAUUUGCACCCAAAUCUACUUUUUAAAUAAGCGCCCCUCGAUUUUGCGCCUCCCUCGAAUAAGUGCCCACCCUGGAACCUAACUGUAAAAGGGCACUCUUUUACUCUGUGUGUAUAAUGUCGCAAUUAUAUGUAUUUGGGACACUUGUAUACCUGUAUCCUUUCUCUAAGAUGGUUAUUCAACCAUACAGCCAUACCAAAGCUAAAACGUUCUGGCUUUGUAGAUUUUUCACCCUCUAUAUUUUUGCCUUUAGCCUUAACUCUUGGAACUUUUUAAGCUUUUCCAACCCAACUAUAAUUAUAACAGCUAAUAUCUCCUGUAUUCGGGCUUGUUUUUUAAUUUAUUAUACACGGAGCUUUUUACAACCAAUAACUGGCACUGUCAAUAUUCGGUUUGUUGAUGGUAAAACAUUUUGGAAUAAUAAAACUAUUUUCUGUUUUGAAUACAUUUGUCUAAUUUUGUAUCUGAUCGCUAAAUCGGGCCUAGGUCUAAUUGAUAAGCCCAAAUUUCUUGUAAACAUUUUGUAGUCUAAGUCACUGUUUGUAUGCUGAUAAUCUCAAGGAUACUAUUCAUACACUUUUGGUAUACCUU